CGGGAUGACCUCACUUUCAGCUGUUUGCUGGAGCCUUCUCUGGCCUCGCUGACUUCCUGCCCGUCCCAGCGCUUCUCGCUGCCGGCAGAUCAUCAGUCAGGGCCCAGAAAGGCAGGUGCGCUGGCCCAGAAGGGCCGUGUGAGGGGAAGCCCCCAGCUGCCCAGCGGUGACAUCCCGAGCCGAGGAUCCUGCCCUGGAAAGGACAGAGAUGCAGCCAGAGCCCAAACCUGGAGACCUGAUUGAGAUUUUCCGAUGGGGCUACCGUCAUUGGGCUGUCUAUGUGGGGGAUGGCUUUGUCGUCCACCUAGCACCUCCAAGUGAAUAUGCUGGGGCUGGUGCAUCCAGCGUCAUGUCGGCCCUGACGGACAAAGCCACGGUCAAGAAGGAGUUGCUGAGUGAAGUGGUCGGGAGGGACAGGUACCGGGUGAACAACAAACAUGAUGACAAGUACCCACCACUGCCCCCCGGCAAGAUUGUCCAGAGGGCCUUGCAGGAGGUGGGGAAGGAUGUCCUCUACAAACUGAGCAGUGAGAACUGUGAGCACUUUGUGAAUGAACUGAGAUACGGAAUCCCUCGCAGUGACCAGGUCACAGAUGCCAUCACGGCCGUCGGAGUAGCCAGUUUAGCCAUUGCCGGCGUCAGCCUCAUUAGCUACAUAGUGUCAAGAAACAGACGGCAAAACCAAUAAGCCAGCUGCUCCAAGUUAUGGCCGCCCCAAGUUAGGGCCGCUUAGCUACACAUUGUGCAAUGUGGUUUUCAGUGCCUUACCGCUUUUGAUAAAUUAAAGAUGGUUUUAUUAUUAAAAAAAAAAAAAUCCACUGCGAAAUGACCCAGGAAGAGUCUGCGCCAAGCUCUCCUUUCCCUCCUGGUUUAGAGUGAAAACAGAAUUUUCCUCCUUAGAUUUUUCCUAGUUCCUCGGUCGCCAUACGUGGAAGAAAAGAUCGAUAUCUAGUCCAACACUGUACCUCAUCCUCCUUAAUCACAGCAUUUGGAGCUGGAUGGGCCCUUAAUGAUAGAUUGUGUUGUCCUAACCCCUCAUUGGAGAGAGGAAAGGAGAGAGGGAUCAUGAUUUCUCCAAGAAUUCACAGCAGGAGAGCUGAUUUCAUUGGGGGGUCUCCUGAUAGUAAAUCCAGUGCCUUUUCACAAUUCCCAGCUAGUCUCCUGACGUAAAUCCAGUGCCUUUUCACAAUUCCCAGCUAGUCUCCUGAAGUAAAUCCAGUGCCUUUUCACAAUUCCCAGCUAGUCUCCUGAAGUAAAUCCAGUGCCUUUUCACAAUUCCCAGCUACCUCUUGGUGUGCUAGGAGACAGCACAAUGACAUUAUUAUCUUUCUUGCUAUGAGAACCAGAAUUCUCUGCUUCCCACAGCAAUUUUUGGAACAAGCCAGCCCCCACAAAGAAACACAUCACAUCCAAAUGCUCGUUAUACCAAACAAUCUGUGAAAAUACCAAAAAAAUAGUGGUAAAUCUGGCUUGAUGGAAUUACUUUAGUGGGGAAAGGCAGGAAGAAAAUGUCAACCGUUCUGUUUUUCAGCAGCACAAAGGGGAGCUUGAGACAAGACACUUCUCGAUGGUGAGAGUUUAGAAGUCCUCUUUAUUCACAGCCAUUGGCCAUAGCCAGUGUAACAGCUCCCCAUAGUCUCCCUAUGACUAGUUACUGAGGGAAGCUGCAUCCUGAAGACCCUCAUGGCGGGGUGUGCCAGUCUCUCUAUCCACCUGCUCAGUCUCCAUUCAACUGUCCAAUGGCCUUUGGGCUUGGGACGGGGGAUUUCAGUGGGACCACACUCAGCCAGAGAGGGAGUAAAGCUGGAAAAAACCUCUUUUUUUUCACUGCCGUGGAUUUUGAGGGGUUUCAGGGAAGGAUGCUGUUAUGUCCGAGAGCCAAUAUGGCUGAAAUACAUCAGGAGAGAUUGACUGCUUUAAGUACAACAGGUGGCCUUCAGCAAUUCUCCUCUGUCUCCCUCCCCCAAAGUGUAAAGCUACAGGUAAUAUUGGUUUUGAAAGUUCUCACCCACUUUGUCUCAGAUUCUGCCCAGGUAAUCUGCCACCAGAGAGCUGAGGAAAUGGUGCACAGUGUGGGCAAGUGUGGGUGGUGCUCCCAGGCAGGGAGGUAGAGAGCGGGGAGCAGGGAUUGCUUCUCGGGAAGGCUGGAGCCGAGCAGAGGGCAGCUGGUAGAGAGAUGCUGAAGAACGGGUCUGGGGGAGAAAGGAGACAUUGCUUUAUAAAUGUGGUAUUAUUGGAGGGGUUUUUAAACCCCUAUUGAUCAUCCGCCAUUUAUUAAAUCAUUAGGCCCCCAUGGUGCUGAAUGCUGGAGAUUUAUCCUGGGCCUGUAAGUCAAAUAUCUAAAGACAAAAGUGAAAAAAAAGGUCACUGCCCUUGCAGUUUUGAUCACUGAUUCUACCAGUGGAGGAGGGAACUCUUCCAGCACACAUUUUGGCUGGACUGUGGCUCCCCUUCAGUGGAAGUUUGGGCACCUGAGGCACCGAAUGGUGACAGAGAGGGGGGACUGAUAUGCUCAUGAUCUAGCGAGCAUGUGUCUGAGGCAGAACUUGAACCCAAGACUCCCUAACUCCAUAACUGUCUUCUCCCCUUUGCUUUGGCCAUUAUUAUUUGAGGAAAAUGUACGCUAGUUUGGAGGACACAUCAGGCAGAAGUCUGUCCUUCAUGGAAGCACCCUCUCUGGGCAAUCCUGUGCUCCUGUUUCCUCCUUUAUGGUUCUGGGAUUAACCCAUAAGAGGUGAGGAAGGUUUUCUAGGACUGUCAUUCAUGAGCUUGCUACUGAUUUUCAGGCAGAAUUAAUUACCUUUAGAAAUGGUAUUUAAAGGGGUAUAGUAAGAAAUUUGGUUUCAUCUCUCCCCCUCCAGUCUCCCAAACCAGGCCACACUCCCUACAUACACAGGAGACCUGGGGAGAGGGGGUUCAAGCAGUCUAUCAGUAAACAUUUAACAAGCGGCUCCUAUGUGCCAGUCACUGUGCUAAAUGCUGGGGAUCCAAAGAAAGGCAAAAGAUAUAAAUUCCUUCUCUUGAAGAGCUCGCAGUCUAAUGAAGAAGACAAACAUGAUAUAUACAGGAUCAACUGGAAAUAAUCAACAUUGGGAAGGUCCCAGUGGGGUUUUAAUUGGGACUUGAAGCCAGGGAAGCAGAGAUGAGAAGGGGGAGCAUUCUGGGUCGAGAUUCAGACUUAGAGCUCGAGGGAAGCGAGGGAGGGAACAUGUGGUCCAACCCAGCUUGCGGUUCCUGGGAGUCCUGCUCCCCAGUCCCAGAGUACUCCCGACGGCCCCAAUUUAAUCGGAACAGCUGGAGAGGGCGUAUAUGGACCCAGGCUACAGCUGAUGCUUCUCUCUGUCCCAGAAGUGGUGGGCAUUCUCUGUGGAAUAUCUUUCCAUAUCUUUCCACAGGUGCUUCCCCUGCUGUUGGCCAGUACCUCGGGUUACCUGGGCAGCAGGAAAGGGGGAGGGGAGAAGAGGGAGAGAAAGUCGUCCCAAGCUGGCAAUAUCACAAACAUUUUAAAUUGAAGUUACCCACUGAAAGACAUCUACAGAGAAACCAAAUAAACAUUAAAAGAUACUAAAUGGAAGAAACUUUAAAGCAUUUUUU